GUUCCAGGACAGCCUGAGCUACAUAGCGACAGACUUGUCUCAAGACCUCGACCACAAACCAGAGAGAUGGGGAGAGAAGAGGGAGGGAAUGCUUUGCAGAAUGUCCGGAUACAAUUCUAGGGCUCUGCGGUGUUUAACGAAGAGAAAUUGGUGGAGCUCAGACUAGGAUGAGGUAGAUGAUGAGGUAGAGGAGAGAUGUGAGGUUCAAUUUUUAACCGCCUGGCCCACAGAUCCCAGCAAGCAAAGUUUCCGCCCUUUUCUCAUCUCGAAAUGUGCAAAUACCUAAACCCUGCCUCAAUAGGUUGCCAGGGGAAUACAGUGGAUUAUUUCCGCCACCUGUCAAGAGCUCAAUUGAUUUCUUGAUGGCAAUUACUGCAAGCUACCCCCACCUCCAGGUGUCAUUGGUUGUUUUUAUUUACUAUUUAUGGAGGGAUGGUGAGACAUGGUCGCAUGUAUCUCAGGCUGGGCUUCAAGCUAGCUAUGCUGCCAGAGAAGACCUUGAAUUUUAUUGUUGGUUUGGUUCGAGUUUUGUUUUGUUUUUGUUUAUUUGAUGUUUUUUGAGACAGAGCUUCUCUGUGGAGCCCUGACUGUUCUCAAGCCCAGUAGGCCAGGCUGACCUUGAACUCAGAGAUCUGCCUGCUUCUGCGCAUGCCCACCACUUCCUGGUUAACAUUGAAUUACAGAUCCUCUGCUCCUCUCCCUUUCAAGCGCUGGGAUUAUAGGCCUGCACUACCGGGCCUAGCAUAGAGCAACGUGUUUUAGACUUAGACUUGACUAAGGAGGAGGGUCAGGAAAAUUAAGCAACGACAAGAGGUUUCGUAGGUGUGCAAAGACUGAAAAUUAACUCAAGGGGUGUUUCUGACAGUUCAUCCACAAUGUCACUGUAUCCUUGGUUCUGAGCACACAACAAGCACACUUUCAUGAGGCUCGUGCCAUAUAACUAUGGCGCCAACAAAUGUUUUCGAAAACCCCUUGGCUCAGACUUUAGACUAUUGUAUGUUAUCAAUUGCAGUGUUUUUGCUGUAGACACAAAGUUUCCUGCUCUUAGAGAAACCUGAUAACUUUAUUAUGGAAAACAAAGGCUCUUAAUACGUUCCUCUCUCUCUCAGCAUGUGUCAAAGUAACAUUUCUUUGGACUGUGAUAGAUAGAAUGCUUGGUUUUAGAAACUGCCAUCUGAAUGGCUGAUUUGAGCUUCAUAAAACAAUAAUUAAAUGAAUUUUAGCUUGGGAUUAAAAUAGACUGCCCAAUCAUUUCUGAGAUCACUUCUGCCAUUUUGUAGCAUGUCUUUAUUUGAAGUAGCUUUCUUAGCAUUAAUUAUUAUAAAAUCAAAAUACUCAUCACCUCAGAGGCAAGAAAAUCAGGAAUCCAAGAACAGCCUCAGCUAUAUAGUGAGUUCAGAGCCAACCUAGGCUACUUGAGACCCUGUCUCCCAGAUUUAAAAAAAAAAAUCAAACAAAGGGGAAAAAAACAUGCCAAAUGUCUUGCUUCUCCAUUAAAAAGCCCUCCCCUGAGACAUCAUUGAUUUACCUGUAUAUGGAUUUUGAUGGCCUCACCUCUUGUAUUUUCUCAUCUACAUUGCAUGUCUUUGCCAACAAUUCAUUCCAGACAGAAGAGAAUUCUGUGCCUGUUGUUGAAACUCUAGAGGUCAGCGACAAAAGAAAGGAGUCCGCCUCAAAGCGGCAAGAGAUGAAGAAAAGAACUCGUGUGGAGGAAGGAAACGACCCCAUAUGGAAUGAGACCCUAAUCUGGCACCUCUGGAACCAGCCGCUGGGAAAUGACUCCUUCCUGAAGGUCAUACUUCAGGAUUCAGGCUCUAAAAAGAAAGAAAGGUUCAUUGGCCUGGCCACUGUACUGCUCAAGCAACUGGUGCAAAGACCAAACGAAGUCUUUUAUGUGAAGAACCUGACCCUGCUCAACCAUUCCAUGAACCCCACUGAUUGUACCAUCACCCUACAGGUGGCCCAAAUAGAUGACCAGGGCACCAAGAUGACAGGCCAUGGGGAGCUCCUGGACUCAACUGUAAGUGAGGUGACCCAGAAGAAUCAAAUGGUCCCUGGCUUCCCCACGCACCUGUCUUCCAAGCCUCAGCACUUUCAGGUUCGGCUGAAGGUGUUUGAAGCCCGGCAACUCCUGGGUAACAACAUCAAGCCUGUAGUAAAGAUAAACAUCGCGGGCAAGCAGCAUCUCACUCGGAUCCAGAUGGGAAACAACCCUUUCUUCAAUGAGAUAUUCUUCCAGAACUUCCAUGAGGUUCCUGCAAAGUUCUUUGAGGAGAACAUCUUAAUCGAGGUGGUGGACUCUGCCGCAUCGAGAUCUAAAGCAGAGAUCGGGAGAUUCCAGAUAGACAUUGGAUUUAUCUACCAUUCCCCAGAUCACACACUUCAAAGGAAAUGGUUAGGCCUCUGCCAGCGAAAUAAGACCACCAGUGGAAUCAGAGGCUACUUGAAAGUGACCAUCUGCGCACUCGGUGUGGGGGAUGAGGCACCGGUAGAUCAAAAGCUGCCCUAUGAGGAUGACAGCCAGGUCAAGAUCUUCAAGUCAACACAAGUUCCAGUCAGCCUGGCUUACUUACAGUUCUUCAUCUACUGUGCAGAGGACCUCCACUUCAGGAACCCUCAGUCGGCCACUCCUGCGUUGGAGGUUGAACUAAUUGGGGACAAGCUCAGGACAUAUCCAAAGAGCCAGUCCGACAGCCCCAUAUGGAACCAAAUCCUCACCUUCCAGAUUCAGCUGCCCUGCCUCUCUAGCUACAUCAAAUUCAGAGUCUUGGACUGCUCCAAAAGCAAUUGCCGGGAUGAGAUUGGGUCUGCCAGCUUGUGCCUCAGCCAAAUCUCGUCCACCGGAGAGGAGAUCCAAGGGAUGUACUCUGGCUUCCUGCCCUGCUUUGGUCCCAGCUUCCUGACUCUCCGUGGGGGUGAAAAGCCCCCUUUCAGGACCACAGAGGAAGGCACUUGCAUCCUCGAUGCUGUUAAUAAGGAUGGUUUAGCUUACCGUGGCCGAAUCUUUAUAGAGAUAGUCACCAAGAUCAAGUCUCAGCAAGACUCUGUGAUGAAGGACCUGUCUCAGGAAGUGAUCAAGGUGGAGAUGCAGCAGUAUCGUCAGAAGUAUGGGCUGUGCGUUGUCUUCCUCUCCUGUACCAUGAUGCCCAAAUUUAAGGACCUGAUUCAAUUUGAGGUCAGCAUGGGCCACUAUGGAAACAAGAUGGAUCCAAACUACAAGCCUCUUGUGUCCACCACACAGCACAGCCCGGUGAUAUACGAUGGGACUAGCUACCAUUAUGUGCCCUGGUACAACACGAAGCCCGUGGUAGCUGUGACUUCCAACUGGGAGGAUGUCAGCUUCCGGAUGAACUGCCUUAACCUCCUUCACGUCACCCGGGAUCGCCUGAAAACCAACCUGGACAUCCUGAAAUCCAUACGGAACCCCAGGGAUCCAGCUCUGCUCCAACAGUGGGAGAAACUGCUGAAGGAUCUGCAGGAGGACUGCCGGGGCCCUCUGCCUUGUAUGACUGAUCAGCCCAGAGCUAACAACUUAGACAAGAAUAAAUGGAAGCUUCGCAGCUAUCUCCUGCAGCAACUUGAGCAAAGGGCCAAGGAAGCCAAGCCAGUGAACAUGGUGGGCACAGCAGAGGACUGGUUGCGCCGUCUCAACACUGUGAUCCCUGAGCCCCAGGAAAGCCUCCCGGAUGUGCUGAUCUGGUUGAUGUCCGGGCAAAAACGAGUGGCCUAUGCUCGGAUACCCGCCCACACUGUCCUGUUCUCCACAGCAGGACCCAUGAGCUCUGGCAAGUUCUGUGGGAAGAUUCAGAACCUCCUCUUACAGUACCCAGAAGGGGAAGGACAGAACAUACUCCCAGCCUACCUCCGGGUCUGCAUGUGGCUUGGCAACGUCAAACACAGCAAGAAUCUAAAGCUGCUUCAGCAGGGCACCAUGGUGGUGUAUGCAGAGACGUAUGAAAAUCAAGCCAAGAUCAAAGACGACUGGGGACAGCAAGGGCUAUACUACUGCCCCAACUUCUCAGAUGUCAUGGGACGCAAGGCUCUCCCCAAGACAGACUUCAGGGCUCCCCCAGAAUGGCAUUGGAAGGCCGACUGGGUAAUAGAGCCUCAGAGGAGACUCCUUCUGGACAUAGACAUCAACAAGAGCCAGGUUCUGGAAGAGGUGUACGAGAACCAGAGUCGCAACGCCACAGGUGCCUGGGUGCCUGCAGCUAUCCCCAACACGGAUGUGAAUGGACAGCCUGUGGAAGCCCCGGAGAAUGUGAAGUGUCCCCAAGGCUGGCACUUUAAGAAGAACUGGAUUGUGGAGCUCAACCAUGCAGUGGACAGUGAAGGCUGGGAGUAUGGAGUGGGGAUCCCACCCUCCGGCCUGCCCCAGAUCUGGAACUCGGUGGAAAAGACUUACCACUCGUGCCGCCGGCGACGGUGGGUGCGCGUGCGCUUUCGGAAUCACAGGGAGGUGGGCCAGAAGCUGAGCCUGGAGGAGGAGACCCUCUCCUUCCUGCAGAUGCAAGACCUCUCUGAGGAGGGAAAGGAGGGCUGGGAGUAUGGCACAUUCGGCUCUAGGUUCCACCUGGACCCUCAGCCCACAAGCCGGUUCCGUCGUCGCUGCUGGCACCGACAGCUGGCGCCCAACGAGGACAGGGGUGUAGCUCCCAUAUUCCUCCUGGAGGGAUCUUUGGAAGUGGAGCAGAAAAAACAACCAAAGAAGGAAGUGGAGAGGACAUGGGCGUGGCAGCACUGGAAGGACUGGAGGCGUGCCCCGGAGGACCCCCGGAUCCCCACCAUGCCUUUCAUCUACUGCACCCUCAAUAAGCCUCACUACUACCAGCUUUUCUGUUACAUCUACCAGGCCCGGAAUCUGAUGUACAACCAGGUCCUGACCUUUCAGGAGUCUUUCAUCCAAGUGGUCUUCCUGAACCACAGCUUGUGCACCCAGACCCUGAAAAGCUCUGCAGCUCCGACGUGGUCCCAGACGCUCAUCUUCCAGCACCUUCUGCUGUUUGAAGACCCCAAAGAUACCAGAGAGAACCCCCCACUUGUGGCACUAGAAUUGUGGCAACAUGACUCACGGGGAAACAAGAUCUUGUGGGGACGGAGCAUGUGGCCCCCAGUCGUCUGGCUGGGCCUCCAAGACUGGGUCUUUACCCCCCUGAGGUGGCACCCUCUUGUAAGAGAGUUGGGAGAGGAAGAGGGUGAGAUCUUGGCAUCCUGUGAGCUGAUCUUAGAAACACGGAAGCUGAAAGAGUUACAUCUGCCAAUCCUAAGUGUCCCCUGUAAGAACGGGAUUUACAUGCUGCCCAAGAACAUUCGGCCUAACAUGAAAAUGAUGGCCAUUGAGAUCAUGGCCUGGGGCCUUCGGAACAUGAAGAAUGUGCGUUACCCCCAGCUCUUGCUGGAAUGUGGGGAAAAGUCCCUGAGGACAGAACCCAUCAGCAACUUCCAGGAGAAUCCCAACUUCCCUACAUCUACCUUCUUCUUCACGGUGUUCAUGCCUAUGGAGGAGUCCCACGCACAGCCCCUGGUGGUGAAAGUACUGGACAACCAGGCAUAUGGCCAGCAGACUGUGGUCGGUCAAGCCAACAUUGACUUCCUCCAGCCCUAUUUCUGUGACCCCUGGUCUCUCAACUACACAACUGUAAAGCUGCCAACACUGUCUAUUAAGAAGCCUAACACCUUCCUAGACUUAGUCUACAAGAAGUUCUGGUUUGAUUCCAGCAAAGACGAGGGUGAGUAUGAGCAGGACGUGGACUGGUGGAGCAAGCUAUCCUGGGCCACGGGCAAUGAAGACAAGUCCCUGAAGUACAACUACAAAAGCUACCAUACCCUAAAGGUAUAUGACUGUGAGCUGGAGACCAUUCAGGCCUUCCAGGGCCUGCAGGACUUUUGCCAGACCUUCAAACUUUACCAAGAGAAGCCCAAGGUGGACAGCCCUGUGGUAGGGGAAUUCAAGGGCCUCUUCCGAAUCUACCCCUUUCCUGAGGACCCAGAUGCCCCUAAACCUCCACGUCAGUUCUCGGCUUGGCCUGAGAUCGAGGACUUCCCUCAGAUGUGCUUGGUACGAGUGUACCUGAUUCGAGCCAUCAACCUGCAGCCACAGGACUACAAUGGCCUGUGCGACCCUUAUGUGAUCCUGAAACUGGGACAGACAAAACUCGGCAGCCGGGACUCAUACCACCCCAACACUCUAGACCCCAUCUUUGGCACGAUGUAUGAGCUCACCUGUAACAUCCCACUGGAGAAGGACCUGGAGAUCCAGCUGUAUGACUUUGACCUAAUUACUGCUGAUGAUGAAAUUGGAACUACAGUUAUUGACCUUGAGAACCGACUUCUGUCUGGCUUUGGGGCCCGUUGUGGGCUCUCUAAAUCCUACUGCAAGUCAGGGCCCUUUAAGUGGAGGGAUCAGAUGACCCCGAGCUACCUUUUGUACCGAUAUGCCAAACAGAAAGGGCUGCCUCCACCCGUAUUUGACCUUGAGGGAGAUUCAAUUUACUACAAUGGGGAAAAGUUCAAGUUGCAGAGUUUUGAGCCCACACCCCCCACCUAUGAGAAUUUGGGGCCUAAGAAGGAGCGCCUGGCACUGUACAUCCUAAACACACAGGGGCUGGUUCCUGAGCACGUAGAGACUCGCACACUGCACAGUAACAGCCAGCCAGGUAUCGACCAGGGAAAAAUACAAAUGUGGGUGGAUAUCUUCCCCAAGAUGCUGGGGCCUCCUGGGCCAGAAGUCAACAUCAGCCCCAGGAAGCCUAAACGGUACCAACUGCGUUGUAUCAUCUGGAGCACGGCUGAAGUGGACCUGGUCCGAGAGACUUUCAGUAGAGACAAAAUGAGUGAUAUCUACGUGAAAGGGUGGCUCUUUGGGCUAGAGAAGGAUGCUCAGAAGACAGAUGUCCACUAUCACUCCUUGACUGGGGAGGCCAUCUUCAAUUGGAGGUUCAUCUUUAACAUGGACUAUCUGAUGACGGAGCGGGUAUGCGUCCAAAGCCAGAAGGACUACAUAUGGAGCCUGGAUCCCACAUCAGUGAAGUUUCCGGCUCGACUUAUCAUCCAGAUAUGGGACAAUGACUUCUUUUACCCAGAUGACUUCUUAGGGGUCUUGGAGAUGGAUUUAUCAGACAUGCCCCUUCCGGCUAAGAACAGCAGGCAAUGCUCCCUCAAGAUGAUGGAGACGGAAUCCAAAUGGCCCUUCACCCCACAGAAGCAUAUCUCUCUCUUUAAGAAGACCAAUGUAACUGGAUGGUGGCCUUGUCAGGUCCACGAAGAUGACAAGUGGCGUUUGUCGGGUAAAAUCAAGAUGACCCUUGAGAUGCUGUCAGAGAAGGAAGCUCUAAUCAGGCCAGCCGGGCAAGGCCAGUCCGAACCCAACCAGUUCCCUACACUUCAUGCUCCUGAGCGAAAUGACUCCUUUUUACUGUGGUACCGGUCACCUAUUAAAAACUUCUGCUAUGCUGUCUGCAAACGCUACCGCUCCAAAAUCAUUUGCUUGGUGGUGAUCCUGGUUAUAGGGUUUAUAUUGUUCAAAUUCGUCUAUUCAGCUCCGAACUAUUUAACCAUGAACUGGAUCAAACCUAAACUUCGGCUGUAUCCGCCCAUUAAAAUAGUCAACGUCAUCGGUUCGGUGAAUACCAGCAGCCUCAACUCGUCCUUGUUUACCAUGGAAGGCUCAAAGCUGAAGCCUUUAAAAGACCAUGGGCCAACAUUGGUCAAGUACCCAGGAAUCACGUAAGAGAUGUCUUCCCAGAGAUUCCAGCUCCUUCCUCUCACCAGCCAAGCACCAAGCACCCUGUGUCUUGGGUUUCCAGGCAGAUCCUUGUUUGAGUUUUGUAGGAAAUGCCCGAGGGGCUGUGCACACUGACGCACAUGUUUAGAGACCACUUCUGACAAGAGCAAAGCUAUAAUUUUCUACUGAAAUAAAUGUUUUUUCCAACA